GGCGGAAAAUGGAGGUUCCCUGCGCAGCCGGCGCCGAGGCGCCCAGGGGAGACGCGGAGGAGCCCAAGCAGAGCUCGCUCUUGUUCCUGGGAGGCAAUGAAGUGAAGAGCAGCGCUGUGGUGAAAUACUCCUCUGCGCCCCCGCAGGCCGCCUUCGCCCGCCUGCAGGAGAAGACUGACCUGAAACUGCCACCCGCAAACUGGCUACGGGAAAGCGCCAAGCUGGGGCCAGCCGGGACAACCAUUCUUGGCAACAACAAGAAAAGUAAACCCUUUUCAAGCUUUGGAAUGGCAUAUGACUUCAUUGAUUCGGUUGGGAAUGAUGUGGAUGUUGUGUCUGAUUCGGAGAAUAUUAAAAAACUCCUCAAGAUACCCUAUAGCAAGUCACACGUGAGCAUGGCAGUACAUCGAAUUGGGCGGACGCUGCUGCUGGAUGAGCUAGAUAUUCAAGAGCUCUUCAUGAGAUCAUCUCAGACAGGAGACUGGACAUGGCUAAAAGAGUUUUAUCAAAGGCUGAUUGAUCAGAAAUGGCAAAGAAAAAAGAAGAGUAAAGAGCACUGGUACCAGAAGGCUAUACUUUCCAAAUUUUUAUAUUACAGUAUUAAUGGUGAUGGAGCUGCUCAGCCCGUUCCUUCCACUUCAAAACAGCACCAGGACAGUCCUGUUUCAGGUGACAGUGAUGAAGUAGGACAGGCCUCCUGGCCAGCUCCCUUUGAAAUGCCUUCUUCAAUAUCUGAAGAUCCAGGUGCCUCGAACCAGGGAAGUGUGCCUCUUGAACCCUCAUAUAUAGUGGGGCAUGUGGCCUCAGCCCCCAAAGAACAAAACCUGACUACUUUGUUCAAUGACGGGGAAAACAGUCAGGGACUUAAAAAUGACUUUGUUCGUAACAUCUUGUGGACYUUUGAAGAUAUCCACAUGUUAGUAGGAUCAAAUAUGCCUAUAUUUGGAGGUGGGAGAUACCCUGCUGUGAGCUUGCGUCUCAGGGAUAACAACAAACCAAUAAACGUCUUGACAGGAAUUGAUUAUUGGCUGGAUAACUUAAUAUGCAACGUGCCAGAGCUUGUGAUGUGCUUUCACGUGAAUGGAAUUGUUCAGAAAUAUGAAAUGAUCAAGACUGAGGAUAUUCCCAAUUUGGAAAACUCAAAUUUCUCUACCAAAGUGAUAAAAGAUAUUGCUCAAAAUAUCUUAUCUUUUCUGAAAUCCAAUUGUACCAAGGAAGGACAUACUUAUUGGUUAUUUAAGGCAAGUGGGAGUGAUAUAGUAAAACUGUAUGACUUAACCACUCUUUGUGAAGAAACAGAAGACAAAUACCAAAACCCUUUUACAAUGCCUGUGGCAAUUCUUCUCUACAAAGUUGCUUGCAAUAUGAUGCUGAAGAAAAACCAGAAUAAGAAGCACUAUGGCACUAUCAGAACCUUGCUCCUCAAUUGUCUGAAGUUGCUGGACAACGGCAGACAUCCUCAGAUUAUCGCUUCAGCGAACUACAUGUUAUCAGAGCUUUUUCAGUUAGAUGAACCUAAAAAAGAAGAUGGGGCAGACUUCCCUAUAAAUGUUAAUUCUGAUGAGAGUUACAGUGAAGAAGAGGAAGAAAUGCCGGAUAGUGAUGAAAAUGGCUCUUAUAGUAACAGCUCAGACCCUCCAGAUGACAAUAAAGCAGUGGCGAUAAUCAAAUCAGUAGGGGAGCUGUCAGUACCAGAGAAAUACAAGUCUGUUCAUCGAAUACGACCUAGUUGUGCAUUUCCUGUCUGCCAUGGCACUGAGGAACGCUGUAGGCUCGUGCUGAGUUAUGUCCUGGAGGGCUUGAAAUCUGUUGACAGCAGCAUUAAAAAAGAAGGUGACCUUCCUGCAGCUGACCCCAGCACUCCGAUCCCUUUGAAAUAUGAAGAUGAAUCCAACAGUGGUGGUCCUGAAUGUCUGGAAAAACAGAUGGCCUUAUUUUUAGACAAAAUGGGCUCCUUUCCGAAGGGCCAGCACUGCAGUCUCUCGGGAAUGAUUCCUGGAUCCUGGCAGUAUAAAAUGAAGCUUCAGCUCAUUCUGAAGUCGUCUAAGGCCUAUUACGUUCUUUCCGAUGCUGCUCUGAGCCUGCAGAAAUAUGGGAGAGCUCUGCGAUACAUCAAGCUCGCUUUGCAGUGCCACGAUACCUACUGCUGCCUCUGUGCCAGCAUGCUCCCCGAAGCGUUGGUGUUUCUUUGUCAGUGUUUAACCCUCUGUGGAGAUGCCCAACUAAUGCUUGCCCAAAAUGCAAGUAACAGAGCGGCGUAUCUYGAAGAAUUUAACUACCAGACGAAAGAAGAUCAGGAAAUACUGCACAGUCUCCACAGAGAAUCCAGCUGCCAAGUGUUUGCAUGGGCCACAGACUUGUCUACAGACUUGGAGUGCCAACUUUCAGUCAGCUGUAAAUGUUAUGAGGCAGCCUACGAAAUUUUACUUUUCAGUAAUUUGAAAAAUCAAAAUCCAGAGCAGCACAUACAGGUACUAAAGAGGAUGGGCAAUAUCAGGAAUGAAAUUGGAGUGUUCUACAUGAACCAGGCUGCUGCAGUGCAGACGGAGAGAGUGGUGAGUAAAAACGUAUCAACAGCAGAGCAGCAACUUUGGAAGAAGAGCUUCUCUUGCUUUGAAAAGGGAAUUCAGAAUUUUGAGUCAAUUGAGGAUGCAACCAAYGCAGCUCUCCUGCUGUGCAACACAGGAAGACUAAUGCGAAUCUGUGCUCAAGCCCACUGCGCAGCUGAAGGCGACUUCAAACGAGAGUUUUCCCCAGAAGAGGCCCUUUAUUAUAAUAAGGCCAUUGACUACUAUCUGAAGGCAUUAAGAUCUCUAGCUAAGAGAGAGAGGCAUCCAGCUGUUUGGGAUUCCGUAAACUGGGAGCUUUCUACGACCUAUUUCACGAUGGCAACUCUUCAGCAGGAUUACGCUCCAUUAUCUAGAAAGGCUCAGGAACAGAUAGAAAAGGAGGUUAGUGAAGCCAUGAUGAAGUCCUUGAAAUACUGUGAUGUGGACACGGUGUCUCCCAGGCAGCCUCUGUGCCAGUAUCGGGCUGCGACCAUCCACCACAGGCUUGCUUCCAUGUACCACAGCUGCCUGAGGAACCAGGUUGGCGAUGAACAUCUGCGGAAGCAGCAUCGUGUCCUUGCUGAGCUCCAUUACAGUAAAGCAGUAAGACUCUUCCAGCUCUUAAAGGAUGCGCCCUGUGAGUUCCUGCGUGUGCAGCUGGAAAGAGUGGCGUUUGCCGAAUUCCAGAUGGCGAGUCAGAGCAGCAAUGCUGGGAAAUUAAAGACUUUGUUUGGAGCUUUGGAUAUAGUGGUGAAAACCAAGUGUGCAUUUCAGCUCAUCAGAAAAGAGCUUGUAGCAGAGUGUGAACAGCUAAACAAGGAUAAAAAUAAUGCUGAGAAUACGACAUCUAAUGAUUCCUCUGCUGGCCUUAACAAGGAAGAGGUGUUGAAGCUGCUUAGCAUCUUUGAGUCCAGGAUGUCAUUCCUUCUCCUGCAAUCUGUUAAAUUGUUAACUUCAACCAAAAAGAAAAUUGGGGUCAUCCACGAGGAGGAGGAGGUUCUGCGCACCAACAAGCGCGUCUACUCGCUGCUGCUGCGCGCGCCGGCGGCGCGGAGCGCCUCGCUGCUGCAGCGCGUGGAGCUGCUGCUGGGCCUGCUGGAGCAGCUGGCGGGCGCCAGCGCCGCCGCGCCCUGA